GAGAGAGAGAGAGAAAACAAGGGAGGUAUAGAAAGAAGCAGAAGUUGGCAGGACUCUGCUCCAGCCCUGAUCUAACACACCAUGCUCUGCCACGACAGCACCAUCCAUAACCUCAGCUGGGGCUUCAUCAUCGGGGGGUUUCUAUACCUCCUCCACCAGGUGAACAAUCACACCCCGUACGGGCGCUACGUGGAUCUCCAGCACCCCGGGGUGAUGGUUCCAGCCAAGGCCGCCUGGCUGAUCCAGGAGCUGCCCUCGUUCCUGGUGCCUGUGCUGCUGAUGCUGACCACGGAAAGCUCCACUGACCUGGGGAGAUACAUCCUGCUCUGGACCUUCAUCCUGCACUACUUCCAACGGACGUUUAUCUACGCUCUGCUGACCAAAGGACGUCCCUGUCCUCUCUACAUCGUGGUGUCGGCCGUGGUCUUCUGCUCUGUGAAUGGAUUCCUCCAGGGACAUUACAUGCUGCACUGUGCGCGGUAUGAAGCUGCCUGGUACACAGAUGUACGAUUUAUUUUGGGUCUGUUCCUGUUCUUCUCAGGAAUGGCCAUCAACAUCCACAGUGACCAUAUACUGCGCAACCUGAGGAAGCCUGGAGAGAUCACCUACAAAAUCCCCAAAGGGGGGAUGUUUGAGCUGGUGUCUGGUGCUAAUUUCUUCGGGGAGAUUAUGGAGUGGUGUGGAUAUGCUGUAGCCGCAUGGUCUCUGCCUGCCUUCGCCUUCGCUUUCUUCACUGUGUGCUCUAUAGGACCACGAGCAUAUGACCACCACAGGUACUAUCUUGAGAAGUUUGAAGAUUACCCCAAAUCCAGGAAGGCGGUGAUUCCCUUUAUCUUGUAGCUUGUCGGCACUUACUUACUCAGACUGAAGGAACUGCUGGAAAACUGAGGAAGAAUGUUUUUUAUUCCUAUUAUGAGGAAUUUCCUGACUUUCCACAUGGGAGAUUGGAGUAUUUACGGGAGGAAGAGAUGCCUGAAGCUCCUGUAACAUCCUGCAGAGUUCCAUCUAAUGUCUUGGGAUGUGUUUUGGCAUUCCAUCACUGCAUCUCCACCCUGUAACUCAGUAUUACCUGCGAUCAUGAGGAAACAAGCUGAAGUCCAGCCCAGCCCAGGUUCUCACAUCACUUAGAACUAUACACUUAAAGGAGAACUCUGGUGUAAAAGGGACUUUUGUUGUAGUAAAACAUGAUAAAUAGUACUUAGCUUUAAUGAAUAGCACACCUAAGAAGCUUCAAGCGCUGCCAUUACUCCUAGGUCUACGCUAUGUGAAGUCUAUGUAUAUAUAUGUCUAUGUCAUUAUCAGUACAGUGAUGGCGGCGCUCAGAGCUGAAGCUAUAGCGUUAAAGGAUGUAAACAGUGUUUUUAAUAAGCUUCUAUUUAAGCACUCUUUACGUUAUGAAUGCCUCGUUUUAAAUGUCAGAGCUCUAUAUAUAUACAGUGAGUCCAAGAAGUAUUUGAUCCCUUGCUGAUUUUCUUCGUUGGCCCACUAAUAAAGACAUGAUCAUUCUAUACUUUUAAUGGUAGAUGUAUUCUUACAUGGAGAGACAGAAUAUUAAAAAGAAAAUCCAGAAAAUAAAUCUAAGGAAUAUAUAUUAAUUGAUUUGUAUUUCAUGGAGUGAAAUAAGUAUUUGAUCCCUUAGUAUUCAUUAGCAGUUCUGGCUUUUACAGACCAGUUAGACACUCCCAAUCAACUUGUUACCUGACCUGAAGCCACCUGUUCUCACUAAUCACUUGUGUGAAAAACACCUGUCCACAGAAUCAGACAGAUCACACAGAUUUCAAGUCUCCAACAUGGGUAAAACCAAAGAGCUGUCACAGGACCUCAGAGUCAGAAUUGUUGACCUUCACAAAGCUGGAAUGGGCUACAAAAAGAUUAGUAAGGUGUUGGAUGUGAAAGUAACAACUAUUGGUGCAAUUAUCAGAAAGUUUAAAGAGUAUAACAUGACAAUCAACAGACCUCGGCCCGGUGCUCCAAAGAAGAUUUCGCCUUGUGGGGUGGCAAUGAUGCUGAGAACGGUCAGAAAUCGUCCUGCAACCACUCGGCAGGAGUUAGCAAAUGACCUGAAGGCAGCUGGGACCACAGUUUGCAAGGAAACAAUUGGCAACACUUUGCGCAACAAUGGAUUCACAUCCUGCAGUGCCUGAAAGGUACCCCUGCUGAAGAGAGCACAUGUGGAGGCGCCAAUGAUCAUUUGAAAGAUGAACCAAGUUAUUGGGAGAAGGUUUUGUGGUCAGACGAGACCAAAAUUGAACUUUUUGGCCUCAACUCCACCCGCCAUGUGUGGAGGAAGAAAAAUGCUGCCUAUGACCCCAAGAACACUGUGCCCACCGUCAAGCAUGGAGGUGGAAGCAUAAUGUUUUGGGGGUGUUUCUCUGCCAAGGGUACAGGGCUACUUCACCGCAUCACUGGGAAGAUGGAUGGAGCCAUGUACCGCACAAUCCUGAGGGACAACCUCCUCCCCUCUGCCAGGGAUCUGAAAAUGGGCCGUGGUUGGGUCUUCCAACAUGAUAAUGACCCUAAACAUACAGCAAAGGAUUGGCUCAAGAAAAAUCACAUUAAGCUCAUGGAG